AUGAAACCGUCAGACUCAGUAAGAUUGUGCCUGUGUCCGUCCUGCGUCUUUGCCCCCAAACCGCCGGGUCACACUCAGCGUUUGUGGAAGGUGUCGGAUGAAUUCAAGAGGAGAUUCAUAGUGGGGCUGCUUUCACGCUGCAGAAACGUCCAAGUGCUCGAAAGGAUCCAGAAAGUGCUGCAAAGUGCAACAUCGUGGACGUCGCUCACUUACGCCAGGUCAAGAGGCCAGACUUCGCCCCAGGACUGCCCCUGCCGCAGCACAGACCGAGCUCCGGAUGGGAAACCGCUCGGCAUAGAAAUGAAUGAGAUCUGGGACUGGUUCAGUAGCAGUCCGGACUGGAUCAAAUCGCGCUAUCUUUGCGGUCUUUUUUCACGAUGUGACUCGGAACUUUUACGCAUGGUCUCCAACUUAACCAGCGUGCUGCUGGUCAAACAAAAACGGGGGUUUCUGCAGUUUCAUUUGCGCAGCCACAGUACCAAUCAAAAUCAUCAGGACACUAAUGAAGACUCAGAGGACCCUGCUCUCAUGGUAGUGCCUGGAUCUUCAAAGUCUAUGUCUGGAGUCAGCCGAUACAGAGACUUCAUAGGCUGCCUACCUGUUGAUCUGUCAAAGAGGAUACUAGGUCUGUUAGAGGAACAUACUCUGAGACGCUGCCAGAAGGUUUGUCAAUACUGGCAGCACCUUGCAAAAGAAACCCUGGAGGAAAUCAAGUUCAGAAGAAAUUUCCAGAAUCAAAUUGAGGCAAUGAUGAAGAGGUGCAAACGUAUUAAAACUGUCAGUCCUACUUACUCCAACAUCGUGGACGUUCUUGUUCCCGCAAAGGAUGAUGAGGAAGCAGAUUCUCAUCCCAGUGUCCAGAAGGUUAUCAAAUCAAAACUUUACCACCAUAAAGUUAAACCAUUUGAAGCUGCUUAUGCCAAAAUCAAAACCAAAACCGUACAGAUGGAAGAGCGAAAUGUUUAUUGUGGUGCAUAUUUUACCAAAGUGCUGCUGGACAAAGAGGACCCUCAUCGGGUGGCAGCCUACGGCGGCAGAUCAUUAAUGGCCACGGGGUCCAAGGACCGUGUGGUGCAUCUGUUUUACCUGGCAUCAGAAACAAAACUUAUAUCGGUGAUGAAGGGUCAUGUCGGCAGCAUUCGGGCAGUGCUGCUCUGUGAGGACAGGGACCUGGUGAUAACUGCGAGCUGUGACGCCAGUAUCAGGUGUUGGAAUUUGAAGACAGACAGGUGUGAGAUGGUGCUGUAUGGUCACACUGGCACUGUCAACUGCCUGGAUGUCCAUGAUGAUAGACUUGUCUCAGGGGCUAAAGACUGUUUGGUAAAAGUGUGGAAUCUACACACAGGGAAGCGUUUCGAGGAUUUGAAUUUCAAGCACCCAAGCUCUAUCCAGUGUGUGAAGAUCAGCACAACAAAGGUCUACAGCGGCUGUGAUCGAGGCCUUGUCAAAAUAUGGGACAUGGAGAAAGCUUCGCUUCUCAGGGUGAUUGACACCCACAGGAGCUCAGUGAAGUGCCUGUUCUUUGAUGAAUGGCAUCUUCUGUUUGGGGACUAUAACGGUCAAGUCAUGGCCUGGAGCAUCGACCUUCAUGCUAAAGAGUGCCUGAUGACCUUCAGCCACCCAAAGGAGGUCAGAUCUAUGACCCUCGUCUACCUGCGUCUUGUAACUGGCUGUGUGGAUGGAAAAAUUCGUAUAUUUAAUUUCCUCACCGGAGAUUGUUUGAGAGAGAUCACAGCAGAGGCUGAAACAGGCCGUAUACUGUCCCUGCAUUUCAGUGACAACAGUAUAUUAGUGAACACAACAUCCUGUGUGAAGCUGUACCAGUUUGCCAAAGUGUUCUGGGAUCACACGGAGCCAACAGAAGAAGGCCAGGGUGACGUGCUGGUUCAGGGCGGUUUGAUUUCUGAGAAAACUGCAGCUUCACUCAGAGAGCUCCCCUUUACCUCUUCUGGGGCAGAUCACAUGGCGCAGGUGGCUGUACCCAGCCGACAGAGGCACGACAGCAAGAAGCCAGAGAGAGCUGAGCUGCUUCACCACCCCCGCUUCCUGUUUACCCCCACUAAAUGUCAAACGCAAGUCAGAGAACGUUGUGAGACUGCUGAACAGUCACUGAUGCUGAGCGAGAAGGCAACGUGUGAACGGAUGAAGAGGAGGGGUCCUCAUCAUCCUCUGACACGUGACUCCAUCCUCCUCAGAGUCAGUGCCAUUCAGAGGGCGCAGUGCAUGGAUGAAGUUAGCAUCAACAUGGAGUGCAACGCAAGGCUGAGAGAUUUCUGGGGUCCUCACAGACCUCAGGAUCCUCUGCACUCUGACACCCAGGCCCUGAAAAAGAGCCUGCAGACGCAGAUAUGUCCCCCGUGGCACACGCAUGAUGGUCCUCUCAGGAGGGCCAAGACCUGUGUCCCAAUUAUGAAGAGAGGUGCUGGUCAGAAUAUGACAAACACAGAUGUCACUGCUGCUCCUGACACCAUGAGGAGAUACCGCCACUGUUCAUUUUCUAAAAGAGUCCAGUCUCAGAGUGCUGACACGCACAGGGCAAUCAAGAGGGUUGGUGCCUUCAGUGCCAAAGAGGGGCCACAGGCUCCUGAGAGCACACUCACAGGGUCACUGCCUACUCCAGAAUGCUGCUUAAAAACUAGCACCAGUUUGCCAAAGAUCAACACUGUUGGAUCCUUCAGAGAGCAGGGAUGAUUCAGGCUGCUCACAGUGACCCAGCUGGAAGACUAUGUCCAGGCCGAGUGGGAACUUAUACAGAGCUUUGAAUGA